GGCUCCAAGUGACAAGGUUGGUUAAUAAACUCCCAACCCAACCCAACCGCCCUCUUUCCUUCUUCCUCCCUCUUCUUCUUCCCAUCUUCUUCAUCCAUCACAUCAUAAUCAUCAUCAUCAACCUGUCUGUCCUGUCUGUCCGUGACACCUCUCCUCCUCCCAACGUUUCAUCGUUUCAUCGAUCGGUUCUCUGUCGUCAUCUUCCACUUGCCUUGCCUUCUCCUUUGGCAUUCUCUCUUGAGUUGUUGCAAUACGCCACAAACCCCGCUCUUCGGUCUGCCACUGAGUCACCAUCAUAUCUUUGAAUCUCUCUCAACGUUUCAAAGUCCGCCACCAUGCAGAUUUUUGUAAAGACUCUCACCGGAAAGACCAUCACACUCGAUGUUGAGUCUGGUGAUACGAUCGACGCGGUGAAGUCUAAGAUUCAAGACAAGGAGGGCAUCCCUCCCGAUCAGCAACGUCUUAUCUUCGCCGGCAAGCAGCUGGAAGACGGCCGUACUCUUUCUGAUUACAAUAUCCAGAAGGAGUCUACUCUUCACUUGGUUCUCCGUCUCCGUGGAGGAAUGCAAAUCUUCGUCAAAACUCUUACCGGGAAGACCAUUACAUUGGAGGUGGAAUCUUCUGAUACCAUCGACAAUGUAAAGAGUAAAAUCCAGGACAAAGAAGGCAUCCCCCCAGAUCAGCAACGCCUGAUCUUCGCUGGAAAGCAACUGGAGGAUGGCCGCACCUUGUCUGAUUAUAAUAUUCAAAAGGAAUCCACACUCCACCUUGUCCUCCGUCUUCGUGGCGGUAUGCAGAUUUUCGUUAAGACCCUGACCGGCAAAACUAUUACCUUGGAAGUCGAGAGCUCAGAUACCAUCGACAACGUUAAAAGCAAAAUCCAAGAUAAAGAGGGUAUCCCACCAGACCAGCAACGACUCAUCUUUGCCGGGAAACAGCUCGAGGAUGGCCGAACACUCUCAGAUUAUAAUAUCCAAAAGGAAUCCACACUCCACCUUGUCCUCCGUCUUCGUGGCGGUAUGCAGAUUUUCGUGAAAACCCUGACCGGCAAAACCAUCACACUCGAAGUUGAGAGCUCCGAUACCAUUGACAAUGUAAAGAGCAAAAUUCAAGAUAAGGAAGGUAUCCCCCCAGACCAGCAGCGUCUCAUCUUUGCUGGUAAGCAGCUGGAAGAUGGUCGGACACUCUCUGACUACAACAUUCAAAAGGAGAGUACUCUCCAUUUGGUGUUGAGAUUGCGGGGUGGCCAAUAAAUACAUCAACCCUUUGGCUUUUAUUUUGCUGCUGGGGUGUUUUCUUGUUUUUUUUUUCUUUUCCUACGGCUGGAGGAAAUACAAUCACCGGCUUGGCGUCUUUGGGCAAGGGGGAUGGAUUCUUUUUAUGACCUGUUUUCUUCUAUCACAAUUACGACAUGGCAUGCAUUCAUUUACGCUCCGCUAGCUAGCUCCAACACAUACACUACCUAGGUACUUCUUGUGCUCAAACUACUCUUCAAAAUAGAAGACUCGUACAAUACUUUUUUU